AUGGGUUCUGCAGCAGUUCGUGAAGAAGCGCCCAGAUGUCGCACGCCAGACCCGUCAGAGAACACAAUCAUUCCCCAUCAACAACGUGCUCAUUCAGACGCUACAUGCGCACCUGAACCGGCUCAAGCCCCUUCGCCGGUCUUGAUCAACGAGUAUCCCCCUCGUCGCUACCGACCAAUUGAGACCGUUAGAGGACCGAUCCCGGCUGAAAGCGGGCAGAGCCAGCCAGAACCAGAGACCGCGCGUCAGCAGGAGCGCAUUCAGCCGGUGUUGGAAUUCGGCAUGAUCGCGUUUGCCGGCUCAACUUUUUCUGGAUUCAUCGGCACGGUCUUCGCCAUAAUAGCCAUGCUGCUUGCCGUCGCAGAUAGACACCCAGGCGCGAGACGCGCACUGUGGCUGAGUAGCGCGUGCGCUGUCAUCAGCGCGGUGGGAAUUAUCGCAGGGACACAGACCUGGGCGGUCACCGUACUCACUGUUGUGGGCAUGGCGCUGAUGUUGGGAGCUGUUAUGUGCCCCGCGAAAGAGUCCGGCAAGACACCCGCGGACGUCGAGGAGACACAAUCGUUUCAUGAGGCAUGA